AUGAGCAUUAGAAGAAAAACUGAUAGACGAUUCAACUGUGUCUCAAUUGAAAAUAUUCGAGAUGCUGAGGAGCUAAGAGUUGUUGAUAUACUUAGACAAUCACUCCUUUUGGAUGAAUUGUUGGCAGAAAAAUAUGAUGAUUGUUAUAUGAUGUUGAGGUGUCAGUUCCUGGAUCUUGGCAUCGUCAUAACUUCCUGUUCAAGGGUUGUUGAUCGUAACACAGAUCUUGCAAUGGAAUUGGAAUCAGAUACAGAACACAACACAAUGAUGAUCGAUCACAAGAUUCCAACACAUAACAUGCAAAUUGAUCCAUCAAGAUCUCGUUUUCCAUGCUGCAUUGUAUGGACACCUCUUCCUGUUGUUUCAUGGCUUCUUCCUUUUGUUGGUCAUAUUGGUAUAGGCAGAGAAGAUGGAGUCAUUCUAGACUUUGCAGGACCUAACUUUGUGUGUGUAGAUAACUUCACUUUUGGAGCUGUUACUCGUUACAUUCAAAUAAGUAAAGAUAAGUGCUCCAUAACAUCCCAUCCAGCUACCAUGUACAGAAGUGAACAAGAAUACAAGCUAGUGGAGUCAGGAAGAAACCAACAUGAACAUACAUGGGAUGAUUUUUUAAGAAAAAGCACACAAGAAUAUCAACAUCACACAUAUAACAUCUUAACUUGUAAUUGUCACUCAUUUGUGGCUAACAAUUUGAACAGAUUGGAGUUUCAAGGUGGAGGGUGGAAUGUGCUUCCUUCCCUUGGUAUAUCAUACACACAUGUAGUUUUCUUUCUUGAUCUCGUACCCUCUUUCCAUGUAGAUUUCUUUCAGUUGCAGCUCAAUAGAAAUGGUUUUUCAGGAUCGAUCCCAAUAGAGCACGAGAUGUUACCUAAGAAGUCAAGCUCGCCGGUCACCGCCCAUAACCCUUCGCCGCCCACAACCACUAGUGAGAUAGAGACCGAUAUGGAGGACCCCCUGAAAUCGGAUUUAGUUUUCCAACUGAUUAACAAUGAGAGAAACCCAUUUCACCUAAAAUCGGAUUUGGUCGAAUUCUAUGUCCGAUUUCACCUGGAUUCUCAUUGA